AUGACGAUCUGCCUUGACGACCUUCUGUGCAUAUCGUGGUUUCAGGCAGCGGGCCAGCACUUCAGUCUCAGGCCUCUGCAUGGCGAUCUUGGAGUGGAAGUUAUUGGUGUCAAUCUGAAGGGUGGCAUCAGUCCUGAGCUGCACGCGGAGCUGCAGAAGGUCAUGCACACGAAAGACCUGCUGCUCUUCCGCGGCCAGGAUUUGGAGCCCAGGGACGAGGAUGCCUUCAUGAGGGGCUUCCCGCACAACGAGCAGGCUGUGGCCUCUGAGAACCUGAGCAACCAUUACUUCAAGGACUGGCGCGUGCCAGACCACAAGCUAGUGGCAGUCCAGUUCAGCGGCCUCAAGCUGGAGAACCAUUUUGGAGUGACCUCAGAGAAGUUCAACCUGUCGGCCAAGAACAAGCAAGCCGGCAUCUCCUUCAAGACCCUCUGGCACAUGGACCUCGCACAGAAUCAGAUCCCGCCCGAGUGGGUGUCUCUGUACAUGCUGCAGAAGCCCACCAACGGCGGCGACACUCUCUUUGCCAGCACUGUCGGUGCCUACGAGCGCCUCAGCCCUGACCAGAAGAAGCUCGUCGACUCCCUGGAAGUUGUCAACAGGCGGCCAGACUCGUUCGAGGGGACCUUUCAGAUUGAUGAGACUGGCACGUGGACGAAUGAUCCAGUCCAAGCCUCGGGGAGAGUCGACUUGGAGCCCUCUCGCCGUUUUGAGUACACACAGCCCUUUGCCAUAAGGGAUCCGUACACAGGGCAGAAGUCGCUGCUGUACCACACGCGAUUCUUCCACUGCUUCAAGGGCUACACUCGCGCGCAGAGCCGCGCUAUCAUCGAGGAAGUGCUCCUGCCGGCCAUCGCGCCGGAGAACACCUACCGGCACGAGUGGCGCAACGGCGACUUCAUAGCCUGGUCCAACCGCAAGAUCGUGCACACCUCUACGGACCCGGAAAAGUAUGCUGACGAGGCGCGCCUGUUUCACCUCGUCUUCCUGGACUCGCAGCAGCCCCUGCUGCCAGCCUCCGCCUAA